GCACCGACUGCGCUCUCUCUCUCUUCACCUUCUACUGUCGAACGUGUUGUAUUACGGUGCCUAAUUUAAAAUCAUACAAAGAUUAAGAUUUUAACUCCGUAGAUGCGGACGACGGGAUUCAGUUCAAUUGAGGUGAUGAUAAUCAAGUCCGUUAAAGGUCUUUUCAGCACACUGGACAGCACUCCUCGACAAUGACCGAUACUUAACGGCGUUCAUUUUUACCAAAGCAGAAUGGAAAGCAGCAUUGGUGAGCCACCGAGGACCCAAAGAGAGAUCACGGACAAAAACUCACAACAAAGCAGCUAUUGACAUUGGACAGGAACAUGAACUUGUUGGAUAUAUUUCUAGAGUCGCUCAUCGUUGUGAUUGCAGUUGUGUCACUCGUGGCGAACUUGCUAGUGUUACUAUGUUUCACCUGCAGCGCACAAGUUCGUUCACAGGUGCCGGGGAUCUUCAUCAUGAACCUCUCAUUCUGCAACAUCUUCAUCGCUGUUCUCAACAUGCCUUCUACCCUACUUGGGGUCGUAAAACACCAAAAGCCUUUUGGCGACCACUUUUGUUAUACAGUGAGUUUUAUGGAUACUUUCCUGACUACCAACACAAUGUUGAGCAUGGCAGCUCUCAGCAUUGACCGCUGGAUAGCCGUGGUUUUCCCUUUGACUUAUUCCAGCAAAAUGAGACUCAAGAAUGCCGCACUAAUGGUCAGCUAUGCUUGGCUUCACUCGCUCGCAUUCUCGCUCACUAGUGUCCUGCUGUCCUGGGUCGACUACAGUCCCGCGUACGCGUCAUGCACCUUGCACCUGAGAGAAGAUGCUGAGAGCCGUGUUCACUUCAUGGUGUUCACCGCGGUGUUCCACGCAUGUACUUUCGCCCUCUCGCUUUUCAUCCUUUGCUUUACCUACCUGAAAGUGCUACAAGUGGCGCGCUUCCAUUGUAAGAGGAUAGAUGUUAUAACGGUGCAGACGCUUUUACUACUUGUCGACAUUCACCCAAGUGUGAAACAACGGUGCUUACUGGAGCAGAGGAAAAGGAGACAGAGGGCCACCAAGAAAAUCGGCAUAUUCAUCGGGUCGUUCGUCCUGUGCUUCGCCCCCUAUGUCAUAACACGAAUGACUGAACUGUCUCCUUCAGUAAAAAUCGACCAUUAUUGGGGGAUCAUGAGCAAGUGCUUAGUGUACAGCAAAGCUGCCUCUGACCCUUUCGUCUACUCCCUCUUACGGCAACAAUAUAAAAAGGCCCUUUUUGGAGUUUGCAACAGGAUUUUGGGACGGAACACACUUUCUGGUCACAGCAGUCCCUCAUGCAUGGAAAAUGAAUGCUACUCACAAAGGGUUAACAAGCUGAUGGAAGAUAACUGUCACUAGAGCAGGUGAAAAAGGCUGACAACUGACACCUUCAGAAAUAUGUGCUCAGCAGUGGUUUGGUUAGUCAGUGGCUAAAUGGCACACCAAACUGCCUAUAAUUUCUGAAAUAAUGGCUUACAGUGUGUCAUUUCUCUCUGUUAAAACCUUAUAAAGUUCAAAACGUUUGCCAAUCACUGGAUCACCAUG